AUGGUUAUUCAACAACCCAAUUCACAAAUCAAACUUACGAAUGUUUCUGUUGUUCGACUUCGUAAAGGUGGAAAGCGAUUUGAAUUGGCUUGCUAUAAAAAUAAAGUCAUGGAAUGGCGUACUAAUGUAGAAACAGAUUUAGAUGAAGUUUUACAGAUUCAUAAUGUCUUUUUUAACGUAUCAAAGGGACAAGUAUCAAGUAAAGAAGAUUUAAAGAAAUGUUUUAAAACAGAAGACAUGGAUAAAGUUAUUCAAGAAAUUUUAAAGAAAGGGGAGCUUCAAGUAGCUGAAAAGGAAAGAACAGACCAACUAGAGACAACUUGGAAAGAUAUUGCUAACAUUGUGACCGAUAAUUGUGUUAAUCCUCAAACAAAACGUCCUUAUACAGUGACAAUGAUUGAAAAAGCCAUGCAGGACCUCCAUUUGAGUGUGAAUCCUAAACGUAGUACAAAAUCACAAGCUUUAGAUGUUAUUAAGCAACUACAAGAAAAACAAAUUCUACCUAUUCAAAGAGCACAAAUGAAAGUCAGAAUUACACUUCUUCAGUCAAAAGAAUCAAAGAAAUUACGUGAAAAGAUUUUAACUUUAGUUACAUCUAUUGAAGAUGAAGAUUCAAAUUCUACCGAAAUUGAAUUGAUUGCUUUGAUUGAUCCGGGUAAAUAUCGUUCUAUUAAUGAUUUAUUACAAAAUGAAUCAAAAGGAAAAGGACAGCUGGAAAUCAUGAAUUUAAGAGAAAAAGAAGAAGGAGAUGAAAAGUUUUAA